ACCAUAAAAUACAAAGAAGUAAUAAAAUAAAUAUAAAAUAAUAAUUAUAUACCAAAACUAACCCUAAUUUUAUUAACGCUCAAACAAAGAACUUUGUGUUCACAUUGACCCUUUUACACAUCACAGCGAAUUUUUCACUGUUAAUUUGCUAAAAAAAAGAAGAAGAGGAGUGAAGUUUAUAUUUGGAAUUACUUUCAAUCACUUUUUGAUUUACAUGUGAUUUCACAUAUUUUGUAAAAGUUGGAAUUUACUUUUUAAGCUCGUUUGGUGAGAGAUGCCUUUAAUAGUAAUGUGUGGUUUGCCAGCAAGUGGCAAAACUAGACGCUGCCGGGAAUUACAACAUUACUUUGAGUCGAGGGAAAAACUUGUCUAUGUUCUCAGUGAAAACAGAGCCGUACCAAAAGCCGGUUUUCGUAAAAAUGACCACUUUAUCGAUUCACAAAAGGAGAAAUUAAUACGUAGCGAUUUGAAAUCCGAAGUGCUGCGAUUUCUAGAUAAAACAUGCGUAGUAAUAUUAGAUGCAGGCAAUUAUAUUAAAGGUUACCGUUAUGAAUUAUUUUGCGCAACAAAAGCCGCCCGUAGCACACAGUGUUGCGUGUUUUGUGGCAUACAGAAGGAGCAAGCCUGGGAAUUUAAUUUACAAAGAAAUGGCAAAGAGACGACAGAAGUUGAAAAAAUGGAAAAUGAUUCGAUACAAGACAAUUCCAAUAUACCUUAUAUUAAGGACACCUUUGAAGGAUUGUGUAUGCGUUUUGAAGAACCUCAUAGCAAUUGCCGCUGGGAUAAUCCUUUGUUUGUAAAUUUUCCCGAAGACAAACUAGACUUCGAUAACAUUUUUGCAGCUUUAUUUGAAUCAAAACCUUUACCACCAAACCAAUCAACACAAAAUCCACCUUUAAGCUCCACGAAUUAUUUAUUCGAAUUGGAUCGUCUGACGCAAGAGAUAGUUAGAGACAUUUUGUUAGCUCGAAAGGUAGGUAUCUUGGGUGCAAUCACAGUGAAUCAAAGUCAAACAAAAGUCGAUAUACCGACAAAUGUUAACGCUAUACAACUUAAUCGGCUAAGAAGGCAAUUCCUCAACUACACAAAGCUACAUCAGAAUACCACAGGCUCUUUGGAGAAAACGCCGCAAGUUUUUGUACAGUUUCUUAACGCUAACUGUAAAGAUUAAAACAUUUUUUUUUUAAUUUUCAU